CUCAAAAUUUCCCACGAGUAUGAGGUGAGAGAAAUCUCUUAGGCACUCUACCAGUUAUAUGACUCGAAAUCUGGUCUAUGAUCUAUAUGGUAUCUACAGUAAGACAUACUUAAGGGAAGUCUUCUAGCACAUAUCUUUGAUGCUUCAAUGGUUGUUCAAAACUUUAUGAAGUUUCGGAGACCACUAUAAAUCAGCAUGGAAACGGACCCAUAUAUGAAAUUUCCCUUCUUAAUUUCUCCUCUUUCAUAUUGAAUCUGCGGCAUGGCUCUUGCGGAACUUUGAAAUCUAAGAAUGAUUCUAUCCAUUUUUCUACUUCCUGGCAUGCUGUCCCUUUCCAUAUUCGGAUCGGCUGAAAUUACUCGCCAUACCUGCCCGAUUGCAGCUCGGAAAAUUGAAAACGAUUGUCCUUUAGGUGUGAAUUUGUUUUUAUGACGAAGAAAAUAUUACUAUUCUGCUGUUUAAUUGAAUCCUCAUUAUUAGGUAUUUGAUGAUAAUUAUACUACUAAUUCGGUUCUGCUAAAAGAAAGACCUCCAAUUCUUCGCCAAAACAAAAUUUUGCCAGUCUAAGUUGUCUUUUGAUAAUCAAAUUUCUUUGAUUAA